AUGCACUCAUCAACGAGAGCUAACGUUCACGUUGCAACAGUACUGUUGAGUGGUGAUUUAAUAGUUUUUGGUGUAGUUCCCUAUCUAAAUCAAAACGAUUACAUACGGCUUGCUGGUGUUUGUUCGGAAUGGAGAAGGGCUAUUCUGUGGGCAGCGUCUUCCACUCUUUUACCAACCACAACAACUCCCAUUCAUGACAAAGUCUAUAGCAAUAGACUUCGACGUGAGAAGUUUCUACAAAAGAUUAAGGGAAGGCAUCAUGAUAUGUUUCAAUUAUUUUCCAAGUUUGAAUUUAGAGAUUGUCAAUUGAUGAACGCACAUUUCAAAACAAUGUUUCAUUCUCAGACCAUUUCUUCCAUUCAACUGAAUAACACUAAUUUUGUUUCAAGUAGUAUUCUACCAAGCCAUGUGGAUUUGAAAACGUUGAAAGAUUUACAUCUUGUCAAUAUUACAUUGUCCACGAGUGAUGUUCAAAACAUUGCGCGUGGAUUACGCCAUUUCAACAAAUUAACCCUCACCAAUAAUGGAAUGGAUCAUCGAGGCGUUUCACUAUUAUUACAAGGGAAUUAUUGCAAUCUUGUUUCGUUCAAGAUUUUUAAUCCAAUUGGAUGUGAAGGGGUGACUGAAUUACUGAACUCGGAGGUUAUUUCACAAUUGAAAGAAUUAUUCAUUGGGAAUUUGAAAUCUGAUGAACAGAAAGGCGUGUCCAAUAUUGUUCACAACUCGGUACAUUCCAGAGACCUUGCAAAGUUAGAAUCUCUGGAAUUGUUAUUCACACGUUUAGAUCCCACAAGCUUCAACAGUAUUUUGAAACGAGCUACUAAUUUGAAAUAUUUGGGAUGUAAAUCUCCAUUAAGCCCUGAAUAUUCCUCUAAAACCAUCGACUACACACUUAUUUCACAAAUGCAUUCCAUAGAGAGCAUUUCUUUCUUUGGGAGCGCCUCACGAACAAUUUCUCACCAAAUAAUUUCACAUCUGAACCAUCACCCUAACUUGAAUCGAAUUGAUUUCUUGUCAUUGACACACUCACAACCAUUGCAGGAGCUAUGUAAGGGCAACAAUGAUUUGAAAUUUUUCAGAGCAUACCUUGAUAUCACACGAGCAGAGGACCUCAAAACUUUGUUCACAAGAUUUCAAAAUAUCACAACUCUCAUUUUAGGAAGGUGUAAUCUGAACAAUGAAUGUUUGAAAUCCAUAUCUCUUCUUUGCAAUGUCAUUGACUUGGAUGUUAGUGAAAAUGUAUUUGAUUCAGAGGGCGUGAAAUAUUUAUGCCAAAUGAAAAGUUUGGAGCGUAUCAAUAUGGAUUCAUGUCAAAAUUUAUGUGACCGAACAUUGCAAUACAUUUCGAAAGGAAAUUUAAUUCGUUUGAACUAUUUGAGUUUGUAUCAUACACCAAUCACAGAUCGAGGAUUGAUAUUUCUGUCUGAAUCUCGUUCUCUACCAUCACUUUCACUGUUAGAUAUUGGAUUGACUCAGAUUGGAGAUGAAGGCCUUGUUGCUCUUUCAAAGGGCGUUUUAAAGGAUCAAAUUAAGGAUCUCUAUUUGCAUUACACAAAGACUGGAUUUCAAGGACUGUCUCGAGUUUUGACCGAUUUGAAAAAUUUGAAAUGUCUUUGUUUCAUGGAGACCAAUUGCCGAUGGAUGUGUUUGAUGACCAUCAAAUUGCUUGCUUCUUUCAAAAAGGUAACAAUUUCAAAAAACUUUUUAGAUUGUGAUUUCAUUUUGAAUAAGGUGGUGAUGUGA